AUGGCAACAUUUGAAAGUCAGGUUGACAGCAACAUAUAUCAGUAUGUGCAGCCUCACAAGCCAGGUCCUUCUCCAUUUGAGCAGCUGAAAAUGUCCUCAAACCAGCCACCUGUGACUAACCCUCUGCAGACUAGGAUCAAUAUCAGAGCACCCCCACCAAUCACAGGAGGAUAUAGCAGACCAUUAUUCAGUACCAAGCCCAACAACUCCAAGUCAAUUGUGGUGGAAGGUGGGAAAAAGUUCAUGAACCUCUCUCAGGAAAGCCAAACAGGAGUGCAAAUGAAGAAAGAAAAGGGGAAAAAGAAGUGA